CAAAUUCCACUCAAGAAGAAGAAUAUAGAAUAGAAACGGUUGAAUACUGAUAAAUUUUAUGUGUUUAAUUAAGUUUGGGAGUUGCAUCAGUGACGCCUUUGUUUUCUUUUCUUUUCUUGCACUGUACCCAAAAAAAAGUUUGAUCAUUUAAUUAUGUAUGUGAUUAACUUGAAGAAUUUGAAGUAUGCUAACUAUUUGAGCUGUUGAUUGUGUUUAAUUGAAGUUUGAAGUUUGAUCUGUUGAUUAUGUUGUGAUUAACCUGUGGAAUUAAGUAUGCUGACUAUUUGGUAUAUUGAUUGAAGCAAUGUGUUGUUGACUUGUUGCUCUUUUAUGUUGUUGUUCUAAUUGUGUUCUAAGCAAUAAGUAGUGAAGUACUGUUAUAUUUGUUUAUACAGUUUGGGUUGAGGACUCAUGUUGAUGUAUGCUGUGUUCUAUUGUUUUUCAGCAUUGGAUGCUUUUGAAAACUUAUCAUGUUGUUUCGUAGAAUUAAUAUGGCCAGUAAAUUCACUUUCACAAUAUGGUGGGAACUGGUCUCUUUAAAAAAAGAAAAAGUAGGAAGUGGUCUCACAGUCACAUAUCUUCAGAUCUUGCUAGCCCCAUGGGGCAUACAGCGGUAGCACGUUGGAGCUUGCCUCCUUCCGGUAAGCUGAAACUCAACACGGAUGGAGCUUGCGACCAGCAAGGUAUGCAUAUGGGCAUGGGGGUCUUGUAAAGGAUGCUACUCAUGCGUGGGUUAAUGGUUUUUACACAGGUUCCAUUGAAGGUGAUCCAUUUAAAGCUGAAGUUGAGGCUUUAAAGUUGGGUUUAAUUCUGAUGUGGGAUGUCAACAUGAGGAGUGCAGUGUGUGAAGUGGAUUGUAUUGAAUUAGUCCAGGCCCUAGUUGAUGAGAGGUACCAAUUUCAUGCUAUGGCGUCGGAUCUUCUUGAUAUCCGGCUUCUUUUGGAUCGUGAUUGGGAUGUCGAGCUUAUGCAUAUCUCUCGGGAUGCUAAUGAAGUUGCUGAUUAUCUUGCUGGUCUGGGGUCUGGACUCCAGUGCACUUACACUUGUCUUGAGGCGCCGCCUCCUCAGCUUUGUCCCAUCUUGGUUAUGGACUUGUUAGCCUUGUAGUUCAUUUCCUUGUUUCGUUUUAUUUUCCGAUGUACCAAAAAAUAUCUAAGAUUUAUUAGUUAUGAGGGCAAAAUACACAUACAUGUCACAUGAUACAUAUAAAAAAAAUUAAUAGGGAUAAAUAAUAAAAAUAACAUCCAUAUUUUUAUACAAACAAACAAUAUAUAAAGUAUUUAAAAGAGAUUUAGAGAACAACAAAAAUUUGUGGGGGCAUUUUCUCAUUUUUGACUUACGUUACUCAAUCAUUUUGGCCUUUGGGGCAGCAGAGGAUGCGAACGCAGAGUCCGAGUGUGAGAAUGAAGGAACAUUCAAACUGAUCACAAUUCGCAACUGCAACAUUGCAUCUCCACUUCAUCGCUCUCGCUUUCUUCUCUCCGAUCCUUCACCACACAGACAAUUUUCUGUUUCUGUUAAUUUCCCGGUGGUGGCGCGAUGAAUUUUCUGAUGCGGUCUACAGCGAGUGUGUACUCAGAACGUUCGCCAGUUCCGAAACCUCGCGGCGAUGUGCAUCACCGAUCUGCAUCUGCUGGAUCCUCUUUCGAGGCUCUCAUGACCGAUGAUCCGUAUGUGCCAAACGGUGCUAAGAUUGAUUGCGCCGUGAAUCCAAAAGAUGAAUUGCCGAUUGGGGUUGAUAAGCAUGUGGAUGUUGCUGAAGAUGAAGGAUGGAUCACCAUUCCAUAUAAGGAACUUCCUGAAAAUUGGAAUCAUGUGCCAGAAAUACAGUCCCUGCGCACUCUUGAUCGACCCUUUCUUCUUCCUGGUGAACAAGUUCAUAUCUUGGCAUGCUUGUCUGCAUCUAAGCAGGAUACAAAGAUGAUUACUCCGUUUAAAGUUUCCGCUAUGGCGAGUGCAAAUGGCACAGGUCAAAGCCCUGAGAAAGAAAAUGGAAACACUGAAAACAGAAUUAAUUCAGUAUCUGGAGAAGGGGAACUGAGUACCAGUGGCGAAGAGAAGCUGGAAGAUAUUUCUGAUGUUGAAUCCCGUCUUCAGACGGAAGUUCAUAAAAGAAAAACUGCAUUAUUGUUGCAAAAGUUUGAAAAUUCCCACUUCUUCGUGAGGAUUUCUGACUCCGAUGAGCCUCUUUGGUCAAAAAGAAUUUCUUCAGAAAGGUUUUCAAACUCUUCUGAAGAAAAUAGUCAAAAGGCCCCAAUAAUUAAAACUAAAGAGGCUGCAUUAACUCCUACAAGUGCAGUCAUUGAUCGAGGGAAUUUCGAUGGAACUAUUUCUGGUGGAGCAGCGAGAAAUUCUGCCAAGUGUUUUGCUUUACCUAAUGGAGACAUCGUGGUUCUUUUACAAGUGAACGUUGAUGUUACUUCUCUUAAAGAUCCUUGUAUAGAAAUUCUUCAAUUUGAGAAGUGUCAGGAGAGAAUGUUGUCUCCUGACAGCCAGGUGGAUGCAGUUUAUACAAAUCAGGAUCCAUACGCAGAGCUGUUAAAUUGGAUACUUCCAUUGGAUAAUGGGAAACCUCUUACACGCCCCCUAUCUCCUUCACAUUUAACUUCAAAUUCAGGGAUUAGUAGCACCUCUCAGAGGUCCAAUUUUCCAGCAUCAUCCGGCUCUCAGUUAUUCUCCUUUGGCAAUUUCAGAAGUUACUCCAUGUCAUCAUUACCCCAAACUACCACCACUCCAAAUGCUCCUGUUAAAGCAGUGAGUUCUAAGCCAAGUUUUGAUCUUGAGGAUCGCGAUCGAAACUCAUCUAAGAAAUAUUUAUGGAAAAAAACUGGGGUGGAAGAACUACUAUCUUUUCGAGGUGUCUCAUUGGAGAGAGACAGAUUUUCUGUUUGUUGUGGGUUAGAAGGCAUCUAUACACCUGGAAAAAAGUGGAGAAGGAAAGUUGAAAUAAUACAACCUGUAGAGAUUCAUUCUUUUGCUGCUGACUUCAAUUCAGAGGAUAUUUUGUGUGUUCAGAUAAAGAACGUUGCUCCUGCACAUGCUCCAGAUAUUGUGAUAUUUAUAGAUGCCAUAAAUAUUGUUUUUGAGGAGUCUGCAAAAAAUGGAACACAGUCAUCAUUGCCGCUUUCAUGUGUUGAAGCUGGAAAUGAUCAUUCUUUUCCAAAUCUAGCCCUCAGGAGAGGUGAAGAGCAUUCUUUUAUCCUUAAACCAGCACCUUCAACGUUGAAGGGUCUUCAAGUUCAGGAUAAUAGAAGUUCCCAAUUGUCAAAGUUGCAAUCUGGAAAUAAAAAACCAAAAUUUAGUAUUGAUCAGUAUGCUAUUAUGGUGUCAUGUCGAUGCAAUUAUACAGCAUCGAGAUUGUUCUUUAAGCAACCAACCAGUUGGCGACCACGCACCUCAAGGGACAUCAUGAUCUCUGUUGCAUCAGAGAGGUCAGGACAGUCAAGAGGAGCUUAUGGAAAAUAUAGCCAACUUCCUGUGCAGAUCUUAACUCUUCAAGCUUCAAAUUUGACAUCUGAAGAUCUAACUUUGACAGUGCUUGCUCCUGCAUCAUUUACUUUACCCCCUUCAGUGGCUUCUCUGAAUUCACCGGCAACUCCAAUGAGCCCUUUUAUUGGUCUCGCAGACUUUUUAGGAAGAGUAAACGGUGAAAGAGGUCUCGGUUCCACCUGGAGACAGAGAUUCACUUCUAUUAUGAAUAAAAAUGAGAAACAAAGUUAUGAUGGCGAAGCUCAGGCAGUUUCUAUGAGUGACGAUGGCAUUCCUAUUUCUGGUCCUAGUUGUACACAUCUAUGGCUGCAGAGUAGAGUUCCACUUGGAUGUAUUCCGCCUCGAUCCGUAGCCACUAUCAAGCUCGAACUGCUUCCAUUGACUUAUGGCAUAAUUACGCUAGACUCUCUGCAAAUUGAUGUCAAGGAAAAAGGUAUUACUUUUAUCCCUGAGUGCUCACUGAAGAUAAAUGCAACUCCCUGCAUUUCCAAGGGAUUGAGACUUGAGUAGGAUGGACGUAUACCUGGUUGCAUUUACUUCUGCAUUUUCUCCGGGGCAAUAUAACAAAAAUGGAUGAUUAGCUUUUACAUGAAUUUCGAAAAAUUUCCACGACUUUUAAUGGCACAGAAUGGGCAAUUUGCAUCCUUAGACUCUAAAAUUUCUCUCGUGACUUACUGUCAAGUGUCAAUGGCACACAAAGUAACAACUUCUUACACUUGGUUUAGAAUUAUGAAGUUGACAUUGUUUAUUUGUGUUAAACAUAGCUUCAUUUUUGCAUUGUAUAUACCACGAGCUUAAAUAGAGGCUUACCCCUUGAAAGGGAUGAAUAUAUUUUUCAUAGGUUUUUUUAUAUAACCCUUCAGAGUGAACAAAGAGUGCCUCUAAUAAAUUGCAGUGGACAGUUGCAAUUGAAUGCACUUCCAAUUGAUCA